AUGAGCACACAGGGUAUGGGUGAGAAGAAAUACGGCUCUGCCGAGGAAGCUUUCGACGAGGCGUUGAGUCGCGUGCCGGUGGGAGCGUUUCACCUGGUGCUGAUCGCCGUGUGCGGCUGGGCGAUUGCCUCGGACUCCGUGGAGAUCCAGUGUAUUUCAUUCGUCACGCCUCAACUGGAUUCCAGCAACAGCAACAGCAACAAGACUGGACGGUACGUGCUGAGGCUGGACAAGUCUGAGGAAGGAGUUCUGGAUGCCAUCAUAUUCCUGGGGAUGAUGGUGGGAGGGUACAUAUGGGGCAGUCUCUCUGAUCUGAUUGGUCGACGCUCCUGCCUCAUUACCUCCCUCACCUUCAACGGAGUGUUUGGGCUGGCUUCGGCCUUCUCCCCUACCUAUGGCGUCUUCCUUCUCUUCAGGUUCCUCAGUGGAGUCGGGGUGGGUGGCUCGUUUCCCGUCGUGUUCUCGUAUUACUCAGAGUUCUUCUCCAGAAAGUCUCGAGGACCAUUUGUCAUCAUCCUUGCUGCCUUCUGGAUUCUGGGCUCCCUCUUCGCUGCACUCAUGGCCUGGAUUGUGAUUGGUCAGUUCCACGACUCAGCUCACGGCAGUGUGGGCGCCAUGACGAUGGAAUCCUGGAGGAUAUACGUGAUUAUCUGCACGUUUCCUUGUCUCUCGUCGGCUCUCUCCCUCAUCUUCUUCCCGGAAAGCCCCUCCUUCCUCUUUGCUAAGGGGGAGCUGCAGAGUACUGCGAAAGUCAUGCACAGAAUACAGCUGCUUCACUCCUACUGCGGGAGGGCAAAGGAAGUGACAGGUCGAGAGGGGUGGAGUCAGUAUCUGAGAGACCUGCAGAGUCAGUAUGGAGGUCGGAAAGAGAGGAGGACAGGAAAGUGGGCGUGGCUGACUGAGCUGUUUCAGUCGACGAUGGCAGUGUUCCACAGACAGCACCUCAGAGCCAUGGUCGUCAUGCUCAUCGUCUGGUUCAUGUUCUCCUUCGGUUACUAUGGUCUGUUGCUAUGGUUCCCAGAGUAUUUCAAAUACAUCAAAGACUGUAAUUUUGAACGAAGUCACUAUUGCAGCAUUAACCCUUCCCAUCCCCAUCGCUCCUGUUCUGUCUCCAUGGAAACCUGUAACAUGACGCGGGGUGAAAGAGGGGAUGAUAUAUAUCUGGACAGUCUGUACGUAGCGUUGGCAGCGAUACCUGGCACGCUGAUCAGCAUCUUGACUGUCAAUAUUGUGGGAGCCAAAGCUAUGCUUGUGUUCUCUCUGGUGGUGUCUGGACUGAGUUCCCUGCUGAUCUGGGUCAUCCCUGACCAGGACAAGACAGAGGACGUGGUGGUCCUCCUCUCCUCCAUCUUUGCAGGUGUCUCCAUCAUCGGCUGGAACUCCCUCGACGUCAUCUCCACCAGCGAGCUGUUCCCAGUCCAUCUCAGGUCCACAGCAUUUGGGAUACAGUCGGUUCUGGGCAGAAUUGGAGCCAUCACUGGAAACGUGACAUUUGGGAGUCUCUUCUCAGCCGGAGCCUCUCCCUACCUGCCCAUCCUGGUGGUGGCCAGCGCUCUCAUCCUGGCCGGAGUGUCCGUCAUUUUCCUGCCCUCGGCGAGAGGGGAGAGGAGUGGUCUAGUGCACAAGUUUCGCUGCCUCUGCUGUUUUCUCUGUCGUCGCUGCCUAUCCAGAUACAAUAGAGGCAUCAAUUAUAACUGA